AUGCGCUUCAGGCCAGCCUUUUUCAAGGCUGCUUCUGGAGAAGUCGCGGUGCUCCGGGCUUUCCGCCGCCGUGGCAAGUGGCGACCAACGUGGGGCUUUGAAGAAGCCCUGAAGAAGCGUCCGCCUGCACCUUCAGCUGUGAGCAAGAAGCGAUCCAAGAGGCUGCGACCGGGACCCUCGCUGACCAUCUGGGGCAAGGGAAAGCCCCUGAGGACCGGUCGUCAGGUGACCACCCACCCAGCAGCUUUGUUUUCGCCCGCCGGCAUCUGCCGAAGAGAAAUUACAAUCGAAGGCGCUGGAUUUGAGAUCCGUGAGGACAAGAUCCAGCACACCUGCCCGUGGACCUACCUAGGACUCCAGAUCCAGGCUCGAGAAUCCAUCACCAAGGUCCAGGAGGCCCUGUCUUCACGGCAAGCCCACCGGUAUGAACCCAGCCUGCCCUUCCAGCUUGUUGUCCUGGAGAAGAUUUACAUGGUCUGGCAGCAGCAGCAGAGUGCUGGAGCGGGGCUGUUCAAUGUGGGCAACACGUGCUUCCUCAACGCUGUCCUGCAGUGUUUGACCUACACCCCGCCACUGGCCAACUACCUGCUGUCCCGAGAGCACAGCAAGGCCUGUCAGCAGCAAGGUUUCUGCAUGAUGUGCACCAUGGAAGCACACGUUAACAAGGUCUUGCGUUCCCCUGUCCGACAAACUUCUUCUUUCUUAGGCAUAGGAGAACAUUUUCAGCUGGGUAUGCAGGAAGAUGCCCAUGACUUCUUGUGCUGUACAGUCAAUGCCAUGCAGAGAGCUUGUCUGAGCGCAAGCAGCGACUUGGACCUCUCUUCUGAAUCCACUACCAUCAUCCAUCAAAUAUUUGGGGGCUUUCUGAGAUCCAGAGUCACCUGCUUCAGCUGCAAAGCCGUUUCUGACUCCUACGAGGCCUUCCUGGAUGUUCCUUUGGAUAUCAAUGCAGCCUCGUCCCUCACUGCAGCUCUGGAAGAGUUUGUGACACCUGAGCAGCUGGAUGGUGAAAACUGCUUUAAAUGCAGCAAGUGUAAAGAGAAGGUUGCUGCCUCCAAGAGGUUCACAAUCCACUGUGCACCCAAGGUUCUGACGGUGUGUCUGAAACGGUUUGACUGUUUGACCGGCGGGAAGAUGAACAAGGCUGUGGAGUACCCCGAGUACCUGGAUCUCCGCCCGUACAUGUCCGAGGCCGAUGGAGAGCCCCUCUAUUACUCCCUGUAUGCUGUCCUGGUGCACAGUGGCGACAGCUGCCAUGAAGGACACUAUUUCUGCUACACCAAGGCCAGCAACGGGCUGUGGUACCAGAUGGAUGAUGAGUCUGUGGAGCUUCGUAGCAUUGACACAGCUCUCGGGCAGCAAGCCUACCUGCUGUUUUAUGCCAGAUCUGAGGCUUGGACAAAAGGCUUCUUCCUCGCUAGUACCAUCAUAUGCACCAUCCGUUCUCAGUCAGUGGGCAGCCAGCAGCAAGCAGGUGGCUUCUAUUGUCCCACAGGUUUUGCCUGA